AUGGAGGAAGAAAAUGAGACAUUGACAACAGAUUUUAUUCUUUCGGGACUCUUCCCCUAUAUGAAGUAUGUCAGUAUUCUUAUCUAUAUUAUCAUCCUGAUCUACUUUGCCGCAGUAAUUGGAAACUUCAUCUUGCUCUUCCUGAUAUGGAUGGACUUGAGGCUCCACACUCCAAUGUACUUUCUGCUUAGCCAACUUUCUCUCAUAGACCUGGCCCUCAUCAGCAGCACUGUUCCAAAGAUGAUGGUAAACUUUUUCUCCAGAAGAAAGGACAUCACACGUGUUGCUUGUGGAACCCAGAUAUUUUUCUUUUUUACUCUUGGUGGCGCUGAAUCUAUCCUCUUGACCCUCAUGGCCUAUGACCGAUAUGUAGCUGUCUGUAACCCCUUGAGAUAUGCAGUCAUCAUAAACCAUGUGGUCUGUCUGAAGAUGGUCAUAGUGUCUUGGACUGGGGGUAUUUUAGCUUCUACAGCCCACACAUUCUAUACAAUGAACCUGCCUAUCUGUGGCUCAAGAGAAAUCCACCAUUUCUUCUGUGAGAUGCCAGCAAUCAUGAAGAUUUCAUGCAAAGACACUUCUACCUAUGAGAUGGUGGUCUUUGUGAUGGGCAUUGCAUUUAUUAUCAUCCCUUUCGGAUUUAUUAUGGCUUCCUACACCUUCAUUUUCCUCACUGUCCUUCAUAUGAAAUCCUCUCAAGGAAGAAACAAAGCCUUGGCCACCUGCUUUUCCCAUCUUACAGUGGUAAGUUUUUAUCUAGGACCAUGUGUUUAUAUGUACAUGACACCUGGUUCCUUUCAUACUCCUGAUCAAGAGCAGGCUGUGUCUGUAUUUUGCACUGUUCUCACACCCAUGCUAAAUCCACUCAUCUACAGCCUGAGAAACAAAGAUGUGGUGGGGGCUUUUCAGAAAGUCCUAAGGAAACAUCUAAUCUCUAAAUGGAACAUAUAAUUCAAGGUGGACAAAAUUU